UUGUCCCAUCCAUCCCAUCAUGCGCCGCCACCCACUCAAAUCUCUCGGGAUCCAUUCCCCAACCCCCCGCUCCUCCUCAGUUUCCACGCCCGACCAAUCAACCUUUUUCUGCCUGAUUCUCAGAUCGAGCUCGGCUCGAUCCCGAGCUCCUCAACGUCGCCGUCCGGCGAGUCACCAGACCAGCCCCGACGGAGCCUCGUCCCGCGUCUCCUUUCUCUGCUGCCCCUCCUCCCGUUUUUCCUUCUUCCCCUACCUCUUUGUGUAAUCUCCCUCUCUCUGUACUUCAUCGCUGCAGGAAUGACGCCAUGGCCAUUGAAUGAAGCUUCUCCUCCAUGGAUCCUCGCCUCCGCGCCCCUGAUCCGGCCGCCCAUCCUCGGAUCCAUCCUCCCGCGUCCACCCCACGCCUCGUUCGUCCCUGGGGACUCCUGCUACGCCAGGUCCACCAGCUCCGUCGCUGCAGGGAACGAGGAGCACGCCGCCCCGAGGCAUGGACCCCAGCGCCAGGUCCCAUGCCGCCGCCGUCCGAAGCCUCGCUGUCAUUUUUCUUCAGAUACGAGCAGACCAGUGCCACACCACUGCUUCCUCUCCGUUCCCCUUGCCCAUCCACUCGUCGCCGGAGACCCCAGGCUAGCCGCCGCCGCGCUACGGUACCUGCUCCAUGCCGGACUCGGCUUCCUCAUCGCCCUCCAGCAACGGCCAGAGCGCCAAGUCCCUCCGCAUCGACCCCGCGGCCCUGGCCUCAACUCGCCGCCGGAUCUGCUUCCUCUCGGCGCCCACGACGAGCUCCGCCCAGUCUCCCCGCGCCCCGCCGCCCGCUGUCUCCUCUACAUCGCGCCGGCGCACCUGACCUCUUCGUCGCACUGUUCCCCUGUUUCUGCGUGCGAGGAGGACCCCAGCGCCAAGUCCCGCAGCGCCCGUUGACCGCGUCGUUGCCUCGUUCGAUCCAGCCUGCCAGCGCCAGAUCGCACCAAGGCCCAGCGCGCCAGCCUCCCUUCUGCCCGGCCUCACCUCACCGUCGAACUGGGCCGAAGCCCAUGUGUUGCUUCUUCGGGUUGGUUCCGAUAAUGUCGUGUUGUGAGGAUUCAUUCGACUACGUCCG